AUAUACAUCCGGUUUAUUUUCCAUCCCUAAUCUCGAUUCCAGCAACUCGGUUCGGCAGUUCCCAAGCCGAAUAAAACGGCGUUCGAGGGGAAACCAGAGCACACGUACGAUCCUACCACGCCCGUUACGCGCACCAGCCCCACCAAUUUCCCCCCACUUCUGGCAAAGCUCUGCCCCAAACCCCGCAUUCACCUCGCCAAACUUUCCCCUCUUCCUCCGCCCGCACUUCCACCGCCGCUCCUCCCAGAUGCCUCAGUAGGCUCCAAAAAUCCAAAGCCACCCCUCCCCCACGCUCCCAUCCACCCCCAGGGCGGCGUCCGGCUCCAUGACGACCCGAUCCAACGGCGACGGCCACGGCAACGCGGCGUCCUUGUACCCGCAGCGCCGCCCGCACUACGGGUACGGCGGCGGGUCCGCCUCCUUCCGCGGCUGCUGCUGCUGCCUCUUCCUGCUGCUCACCUUCCUGGCGCUCCUCGCCCUCGCCGUCGCGCUCGUCGUCGUGCUCGUGGUGAAGCCCCGCAAGCCGCAGUUCGACCUCAACCAGGUGUCCGUGCAGUACCUCCUCGUGGCCCCGCCGACGUCCGCCGCGGCGACCCCCGCCGGCGUGCCCCCCGCGGCCCCCGGCGCCGCCUACCUCUCCCUCAACAUCACGCUGCUCUUCACCGCCGUGAACCCCAACAAGGUGGGCAUCCGGUACGGCGCCACGGCGUUCGACGUCAUGUACCACGGGGUGCCGCUCGGGGUGGCGGCGGUGCCCGGGUUCGAGCAGCCCGCGCACAGCACCCGCCUGCUCCAGACCCGCGUCAUCGUCGACCGCUUCAACGUGCUCCAGGCCGACGCCCAGGAUCUCGUCCGCGACGCCGCGAUCCGCGACAGCGUCGAGCUCCGCAUCACCGGCGACGUCGGCGCCAAGAUCCUCGUGCUCGGCUUCUCCUCCCCUAAAGUCCAGGUGUCGGUGGAUUGCGCGAUCGCCAUCAGUCCAAGGAGCCAGUCGCUGAAAUACAAGCAGUGCGGCGUGGACGGGCUAAGCGUGUAGGCCGCCGUUGCCGUCGCCGUCGCCGGAGCAGCAGAAGCAGAAGCUGUAAUCCAAUGGGGAUAGAUAAAUUGGAUGGAUCUGUGCGUCGAUUCUAAUCUCCCUAAUCUUUGGGUUUUGAUUUCCUUCCUGUGCGUGGGGGGUAAAUUUUGAGCUCUCUUACCGUAGAGGAGGCCGCUGAUUCUGUGGAUUACCACUGGUUGCAAUUAGUAGUAUCAGUAUUACUACGGUUACACAUUCAUCGAUCGCCAUGAGCAAAUUGCUUAGGAGCUAAGGGAAGUGGGUGGGAAAAGGUGCGAGGCGCGAGGAAGCGAGCGGAAUCCAGUCGCUUUUGCUGCUCUCUUCCUCAUCCUCCGCCUCGUUUGUGAUUGUUUCGUUUCGUUUCGUUUCGGAGUUGGUGGGUCUGCGCUGUCUGCCAUGGCCUAUUGGCCUUGUCUGGUUAAUCUGGCUCACUUCAGCCCGUAGUGGAGCCGGGCAUGGGAGGAGUUAGGCAGUACUCCAGAGUCCAGGCACCUGUGUGGGUGGGUGGUUCCUCACUUUCAUGGUAAUGGUGGGGUCAAACCGUCAAAGGUUAAGGUUUACUGGAAGUUACCACUUGCAUCCUUGCAUGGUGGGCCGAAACGGAACGGGAACGUAGGUGGUGGAAUUUAGGCUUUGUAAAUGCGGACUCCAGAGCGUGGUGGAAGACUGGAAGAGUGGAAGUAGAACCUUUGUUCGUUGGCUGUGGCGUGACCUGUGUCGUCUACAGAUACUUGGUGUAUAAAAUGUGAGCUACUGACUUCAAAUCUCAGUUCGCACAUGGCACGAGGCAUGGUGUGUUAAUUUUUUUCCUGGUGAAUUUACGAGAGAUUUGCUGUCACCAGUGUCUUGGUUUGGUUUAUUGAUUCCCGUUUACGCUGCAUGCUGUACAAAAUUUAUUCUGGGCUUAAAUUCGUUUACUGAAGCAUGUUAAUAUGCG